UCCGAGGGAUACGUUAAAUAUGGCGGAGGCCGUUGUGGACGGGACUCCGAUGUCUCGGUUUUUUUGUCACAAAUGCAGUAUCGAAAUCGAGCGUCUAUUGCCGAAUUACAAAUGUCCACGAUGCUCAAGCGGUUUCAUCGAAGAGCUAGAAAGUAGCAGCAAUGAGGGUAGCUCAGGUACAGAUAUGAACAGUGAAGAUCUGAGCGAUGGAGAUACCGACAUUUUGUCCUACAAUGUAUAUGGUUCUUCAAAUCGCCCUGACCGUGAACGUGAGAUAAUAGAGAUGAUGGGACUCUCUAUUAUGGGACUCUCGAAUACAUAUUCCAAUCAACAAUCAAAUACCAAUCAACCACCAGGAACUAGAAGCUAUGCUAUGCUUGGGAGUAGAAGAAGAGCUAAUUUGUCCCGUGGCCUUCCUGAAGGGCGUCGUUCCAACAGUAGCAGUCGUAGAAGACAAGAGACGACAAGCCUACAGAUGCCUAUAGAGAAUUUCAUACAAGAUUUUAUCUUCAAUCUCUCAGGAGCAGCGAGUCUUAGCAAUUCUGUUGGACAGGAUGCCCAACCAUCUGUAUUCAAUGUUAGACUGUUCUUGGGAAAUCCUGGAGAUUAUGUUUGGGGUCGUGAUGGAUUAGAUGCUAUUGUUACCCAAUUGUUGAAUCAAAUGGAUGGAACUGGACCACCACCUUUAACCCGCAACCAAAUCGAUGAAAUACCUACGACUACUAUAACACAAAGUCAAGUUGAUUGCAAAUUACAAUGUUCAGUUUGCUGGGAAGACUUUAAACUAUCAGAACCUGUUAGACAGUUGCCAUGCCAGCAUGUCUAUCAUGCACCAUGUAUUGUACCCUGGUUGGAAUUGCAUGGAACUUGUCCCAUUUGCAGACAAAAUUUGGGAGACCAAAAUCAGGCUGAGGCGAAUCAAGAUACUGCAGCCAACAUAACUGGAUCGGCUUUAGCCGGAUCCAGUUUUGCUGCUUUAUUCAGGGCAGCAAACGAAGCAAACCGAACAGGACAGCCAAUUAGCCGAACAUCAUCUACUUCAUCAUCUACUUCAACAGAGUAGUUCCAGCACUUGUUUAAGUGAGAUUUGAGAGUGAUAUUUUUCUUUCAAUUAUCCAAUUUCGUAAUUUAACCGAAUAUGUAUCUAUUUUUAACAUAUUGAUACACCUCUUAUGGCACUUGUUUGCCUUUAGUAAGGCAUAUAUCUCUUUACAGAUAAAAUGUGUCAACUAUAAAAUUUGAACACUGUUACUCAAUAGAUUGAUAAUUAUCUCAAUAUAAAGUUCAAAGAACUAUUUUGUUUCAUAUUCAGCAAAUUAUAUCGGCCGAAAUAGCAAAAUCAUAGAUCAAAUCAUUACAUUUGUCUCCGUCUGUUGCGUCAUUAUAAAAUUCAAUAUAUUAGAACAAUUACACAGGCGCCCUUCUACUACUACACACACACACACACACACACACACACACACACACACACACACACACACACACACACACACACUGGAUAAUAUGCUACAACUUCUAACGUCAUUUGAUUCAGUAUUUACAAGAACCAGAUUAAAUGACUUGAUAUGUGCCAGACAUUGACAAAUUAUACGCGUGAUUAAAUCCUAAAGCAGAAAGGGGCUUUUACUUUUAGUUUCAAUAAAAUAGAAAAAAGAAACCUACAUCUUCAAAGAUAUUUAUGCUUGGAAACUUUUAUUUUAAUAACUCAUUAAUUACGAGUUAAUAACGAGUUAAUUUAAAUGAACUCUAAACAGAUUGACAGAUUUUCUAUUAUUUACGUCAAAAUAUAAUUUUUACUUCAUCGCCGAAGCUCAGUGAAAUCAGUACGCAUAAAUUUUACAAUCUGAUUUAUACGAAUGGAAAAAAUUCAUAGCUCGAAGUCAACAAUACAUCCAAAUGAUAAGUAUAAUGUCGGAAAUAUUCCAAAAAAGCUUUAUCGAAAAUGGAAAUAUUGCUUUCUGCACGAUUAUAUGUAUUUGGAAAUAGAACAUAUCAAAUUCAACAAAAAAUUAGUAAAAUUAAUAUGAAACAUCUGCAUAUAGAAAUUUUGUUUCUUUUUUUUCUGUAAAUAUUUUGAAAUAAUUGUAAACCGAAAAUAUUGAUGAUCGCACAAAUUGUUUCGUUUUGAAAUUCAACUGAUCUAUCUGAUUAUCAUAAUGAUUGUCAUAAUGUGUUUAUUGAAGUACUCCACUUCUCAACUAUCUGAGGCUCGACGAAUAAAGACGCGUGAGUGUAUAACAAAUUCGCUUUGUUCAAUUUUCUCGAUGUGUAACAACUGCUUGACUAACGCACGAGUACGUUGUUGACUCUCAUAAAAUUGAUUUUUACAAUGCAACUGCGUAUGAAUAAAUCGCACUCGCAGAAUUACGCAGCAUAUUUACAGUACACAUUUUUACAGUAAAGAUAUUUCAAAGAAUAUGCGCACUCGUGGAGAUAAAUUCUUGCAUUCGCAACUGUGUAGUUUGCAGCAAUCGACGAUACUGUAUAAACAUAAAAUAUAGCGUAAAGGAUAUGAUUAGAAAUUCUAAUAUCUAAAUUCUUCCGGUCGAUACAUUAUCGCACAUAUAAUUGAAACAGCUCUACUUUUGCGCUAUUUAUACAUAUGCGAGUAAGCGUUCUAUUAACAUGCGUUCAUAUAACAGAAAAAAUAUCGUGUUAUGCUAUUGAACGUCUAUUUAAAAACUUUACAUUAUAAUUGCUUUACAUUAUAAUUGCUUUACAUUAUAAUUCUGUUAUCUGUUUUCUUGUUCGCAAUGAUAAAACAUUGUUUUAAGAAAAUAUAAUAUUAAAAUAAAAAGAGAGAAUUGGAUUUUAUAUACGCAAGGUUAUCGUUGAGUUUCAUAUUUAAUGAGCAAAGCUCAAAGCAAGAGUGCCAAGAUAUGCAUAAAAAAUGAUUACGAUUUAUUCCUAAUAUAUGUACUUUUAUUUUAAAUAAUUAUUUUUGUGCACUUUUGCCGGAACUUUAUAAAUGAGACUUGCAAAUUUUGUAAUAUUUAAAAUACAAUUUUUUUGCUAUCGAAUAUGUUUGAAAGUUCAGGAUUGGAUUAUUUUAAAAUUACUUCGCUCAUAUAUGAUGGAAAAUGACAAAGAAAUAUCUGUCACGGUGUUAUAUUACGUUUGAUACUAACAAUUGAUUUGAUUGCAGAAUGGCUAUACAAAUGUAAUUAAUGAUACUAAUGUAAUGAAAGAAUGAGUAUCAUCAUUUCUAACAUAGCGACGUUUAACAUAGUGUUUGACACAACAUGAUUUCAGGAGAAAUGUAUUUUUUUUUUUUAAGCACUAGCAUAUUCCUUUUACUUCCUAAUACUUUUCAAUGUGUCAACGAUAAGCAGCGAUAUUUGUGUUUAUUAUAUAAAAUGAAAUAAUUUUUUGUUCGUUAUAUAUGUAUAAUAUAAAGAUACAGAAUUUAAUGAUGUUUAUACAUGCUUUUUAGCAGAUAAUAGUCUGUAAAUUUAUUAGUAGAGAAUAUUAUGGGAUAUAUUUAUUCGUCAAUAAAGAGAGAGAUCUAAUAUAAUG